AAGAAGCUCACGCGUCUGUGAUUCGACUGAAGAAAGAUCCUUGAAACACACCAUUAUAAAGAUGGCAUUUAUUAAAGAGGAGAGUGAAGACUUGAAGAUUGAAGAAACAUUCGGUCUCAAUCAUGAAGAUACCGAGGAACAAACAAAGAUGGAGUUUAUUAAAGAGGAGAGUGAAGACAUGAAGAUUGAAGAAACAUUCGGUCUCAAUCAUGAAGAUAAUGCGGAACAAACAAAGAUGGAUUUUAUUAAAGAGGAAAAUGAAGAAACAGUCAGACUCAAACAUGAAGAAGAUACUGAGGAACAAAGAAAGAUGGAGUUUAUUAAAGAGAAGAGUGAAGACAUUAAGACUGGAGAAAUAUUCAGUCUCAAUCAUGAAGAUACUGAGGAACAAACAAAGAUGGAGUUUAUUAAAGAGAAGAGUGAAGACAUUAAGAUUGGAGAUAUAUUGAGUCUCAAUCAUGAAGAUACUGAGGAACAAACAGACCUGAUGACACGGAAAGAGGAGAAUCAAGAACUCAAUGAAAAGGAAGACAAUGUUCAGCAUGAGAAAUAUAAUUUCAUGACGGAAGAAAAGUCAUUUAGUAACUCACCUACUGAAAAGACUUCACGAAAAAAAGCUCAAAAGCCAGUAGAUAUAAGUUAUUUCACCUGCCAACAGUGUGGGAAAAGAUUCACCAGAAAAGAUCAUCUUGAAGUCCACAUAAAAGUUCACACUGGAGAAAAGCCUUUCACCUGCCAACAGUGUGGAAAGAGUUUCAUUAAUAAAACAAACCUUAAAAUACACAUGAGAAUUCAUACUGGAGAGAAACCUUUCACCUGCCAACAGUGUGGGAAAAGAUUCACCAGAAAAGAAAGUCUUGAAGUCCACAUGAGAAUUCACACGGGAGAAAAGCCUUUCACCUGCCAACAGUGUGGAAAGUGUAUUAAUAAUAAAACAAACCUUAAAAAACACAUGAGAACUCAUACUGGAGAGAAACCUUACACAUGUUCUCAAUGUGGAAAAAGUUUUGCAUAUAAACGAACCCUCGUUAUCCACAUGAUAAUUCAUACUGGAGAGAAACCUUUAACUUGCCAACAAUGUGGAAAGAAUUUCCCUCACAAAAAAAACCUUCAAGACCACAUGCGAACUCAUACUGGAGAGAAACCUUACACAUGCCAACAAUGUGGAAAAUGUUUUCAUCUUAGACGAAGCCUCGUUGACCACAUGAGAAUUCAUACUGGAGAGAAACCUUUCACCUGCCAACAAUGUGGAAAGAGUUUCACUGACAAAAGUAACCAUAGAAAACACAUGAUAACUCAUACUGGAGAGAAGCCUUUUUCCUGCAAACUGUGUGGAAAAAGUUUCAUUCAUAAACAAAACCUUGGAGACCACAUGAGAAUUCACACUGGAGAGAAACCUUUCACCUGCCAACAAUGUGGAAAGAGUUUCACUCAAAAAGGAAACCUUGGAGACCACAUGAGAAUUCACACUGGAGAGAAACCUUUCACCUGCCAACAAUGUGGAAAGAAUUUCACUCACAAAAAAAACCUUACAGUCCACAUGAGAAUUCACACUGGAGAGAAACCUUACACAUUCCAACAAUGUUGAAAGAGUUUUACACAAAAAUGAUACCUCGUUAACCACAUGGUAUUUCACACUGGAGAGAAGCCAUGAGUUUCAAAAAUAAAGUAGCUUUUUAAAGAGUAGGUCAUUUUUAUAAGUGUCCCCAUCUUGUGUGUCCCCUACAAAGAUUGUAAAUGCAAGGUAGGGGUGGUAAAUAUAAGCUAAAACUCUUAUCACAAUAUUGUACACUGUCCAGGUGAUAUUAUUAUUACAAGUGCAGGUCAUAUAAUUAGAAUAUCAUCAAAAGGUUGAAUUAUUUCACUAAUUCCAUUCAAAAAGUGAAACUUGUAUAUUAUAU